AUGUAUCUUUUGGCAGGCUAUCUGAAGGCCUCGCGGUUUCUUUUCCACACAUCGUGCCUGGUUGCUCAUGUAUCGGCACCCCAUGCAAUCGAGCCUAACUCCAGAUUUUGGGAGAAUGGUCCGGCUGAAGUGCGGCCAACUGAAAUAUUGUCCAUACCGCCCUCCGAGUCCUGGCCCGGUCACCGUAUCAAGCCUGAAUCGGACUGGGAUUCCCAUCAAAUUUCUCUUCCCUCCGGCUCCACCGGCGUACAAUCAGAAUCGCCAGCUAGUCCGGCUUUAGCCCCUUCUUCAACUCCAACACAUAGGUUCUUCAAAGAUGUCUCCCUGGACCCACAACCAGUCGAAAGAAAGCGCAAGUAUAAUGGUCAAUUGAAGGAUUCUACGUCCAAUCCUAAUCCAACUUCAAGUACCUCUGCCGGCUCAUCGUACACUCUAGAUCCCGCAUCUAGUGCUUUCAACGCGAAGAAAUUCGCUGAGGAGCACCGCGGGCUGGAGCCCUUGGCAAAGAAACAUCAAAAUGACCAUUCAGUAGCUGCUCCUACAUCAAAUCCUAAUUUAACUAAUACUCCUGGUCCAGCGGUCAACCCAGGAUUACUAACAAGCCCUUUCAAAGAAGAUAUCGAGGAAUAUCCUGUGACUGAGCCAAUCACAAGCCAGUCUCUGAUCAGCAGUUACGGCAGACGCCAUUAUGAGCGUGGACAAUUAUCCGAUAUUGAAAAAGCGUUGGAUCACCCGUCAGAUAGCAUCGAAAUUACGUUGGCAGAACGCCAAUCGGAGCAAAGGUCACUCAAUACCAGACGUUUGUACUCGGAGCUGUCAAAAACUGGACCCCGUGCCUUAUCGCGAAAAGGAAAGCUUUCUAUUUUACUUUUGAAUCAAUACCAAGACAAUUUCAAUGGAAUGGUAGCUUUAGAUCAAUUUGCGGCCGGUGCUGGUCAAAAGAUACUCUACUAUGGUUUACCUUACGGGAAGGUUGAUCCAGCUAGCGCGACUCCAGGUUUCGUCUUAAGGAUCCUUCGCUAUUCCGAUCAUUUGGUACAGCCGGCUGAUAACAUGAUCGUACUUCACAAAAGGUUAAUCAAAUGGAUCUACAAGAUCCACGAACGACUAUUGAACAACUUGGACAUCCCAACACAGUUAAUCUAUCAACAGCAGAAGAAGAUGCUUGACUGGCUCCAUGCCGAGAUGUUCACGUAUUUCGACGGUGCUCCGCUCAUUGGACUCAAGCAGUCCACUCGAAAAAGAUGGGAAGAUAAAGACACGCUCGGGCGCGCCAAGUUAGAAUUGAUUCACUUUUUUUGCGGAUAUAGAAAUGAUGAUCUGUUUGUAUUCUCAACCGCCUUCAACCUGAUAGACAUGUUCAAAGAUCAUCAGUCACUACAUUAUCCAACGUUAGAUCUACCUUUAAGAGAGUCAACACAAAUUCGCGCAACGGAUCCCCAUUUCGAGGAAACUAGAAUAUUUCUUCUGAGGCUGGCGGAAAGGCAGAACGAGCGCUUCGAUCCGCUCUUCAAGCAACGGUAUAAAGCUCCCAACGAUGACCUCAUGAGUUUGAGCAUCUCGUUUUUCAGCCAGGCAUGUAGUACCCAGCCAAAUCUGAGGAAUCAAAAUAUGGGCCUACAUCCUCGAUUGUCGAUGUCUAUCUACUUCCUCCACAAUUCACCAGGCUAUGGAGUCCUGCGAAUGCUUUCUCAAAACCAUAGAGAAGUAAUUCAAUUGGAAGAAUUGAGUAUUUUUUUCAAAAGAUUAAUCCGAGGCAUCAAUUACAUCCAUGUGGAAAUCCUCGAGCGUUUGCGCCUGAACAGCAACAAGAAAAUCAAAAGAAGACGAAACCUAUUCAAAUGGCUGCUGGAAAUCAUCUUCAACCCCCCACACAACCGUCUUCCCAUCCUCGGAAAUAUCAGACUCAAUAAUGCAGACUUAGCACCUUGGGAGGAUAAUACUUAUGGAAAGUUAGAGUUAUUCACUCCGGUUCAACUGAGUGUCAUUGAUUUCUUCUCGCGAGAACAGAGCACUACCAAUUUACAAAAUCAAGCUGCAUUUAUUCUCAAUACUUGGUAUCAAGAAAAACAUCAAACCAAAUUGAGUGCUUUGUUAGAAAAUUCAAGACAAUAGUCAAUAUACCUGUCACAAAUUUUCC